GUCCAUAGGGUGACCUGUGGGGUCUGUGGGUCCCAGUGGGGGUCUCUGGGGUGUCCAUGAGUCCUAAUGCGGGUCCUUGGGGGGUCCCAGUGGGGGUCUCUGGGGUGUCCAUGAGUCCUAAUGCGGGUCCUUGGGGUGUCCCUGUGGGGUCCGUGGGUCCCAAUGGGGGUCUCUGGGGUGACCUGUGGGGUCUGUGGGUCCAAGUGGGGGUCUCUGGGGUGUCCUAUGGGGUGCAUGGGUCUUAACGGGGGUCCUUGGGGUGUCCCUGUGGGAUCCAUGGGUCCUAAUGGGGGUCGAUAGGGUGUCCCCUCAUCCCCAAGGGGGUUCCAGAUCCUAAUGGGGGUCCUUGGGGUGUCCCUGUGGGGUCUGUGGGUCCCAAUGGGGGUCCUUGGGGUGUCCUAUGGGGUGCAUGGGUCCCAGUGGGGGUCUCUGGGGCGUCCCUGGGUCCCCACGCGUGUGUCGGGGGGUCCCUGGGGGGUCCCCAGGGUGCUGGUGGCUCUUGAGGCCGCCCUGGCCCUGGAGGAAGAGGACGGCGACGUCCCAGCCCCGCUCCUAGUGGAGCAUCUUGUGGACACCCGUCGGAAGCAGAAGCUGCUCCUGGCGCAGCUGCGGGUCCUGCAGCUCCUCCUGGGGCUGGUUGAGAACCCGGGGCCCCCCCUGGCCCCCCCUGGCCUGCCCGAGGCGGUGUCAGAGGCGCGGGGCCGCUGGCAGGAGCUGAAGUCGGGGUACGGGGGGGCGGUGGCGGCCCUGGGGGGGGCCCUGCCCCCCGCCCUGGCCCAGAUCGAGACGGGGCAGCGGCUGCUGCAGCGGCUGAGGGGGGCCCUGCGGGGGGCCCAAAAGCGCCAGAAGAAAGAGCUGGAGGUGAAGCUGAAGGAGGCAAGAGGGAGACGGGACCAGCUGCAGCAGCGGUUGGAGCAGCGGCGGCGGGAGCGGCUCGGCCAGCAGGGGGCGCUGCGGCACCAGCAGAGGGCGGCCCAAAGGGCAGAGGCCGGGUGCCGCCUGUACCAGGUCCUGGCGGGGGUCCGGGUGCUGCUGCCCCCCCCGGGGAGGCCGGAGCUGGAGCUGGAGCUGGGGCCCCCCCCGGGGCUCCCCGAUUCCCUCCCAAGCCUGCGCCUCUGCCGCAGCCCCGGGGGGGGGUUCGACAUCCAGGGCCCCUCCCUCCCAUUGCCCCCCCCCUUGGGCCCGGGGCUGGUGGAGCUGCAGGAGCGCUGCUGGGAAGGGCGCCCCCUGUGGGCCGAGGUGGAGCAACUCCAGCGCAGGUUCGCCCUGGAUUGGGAACCGUCCCUGCGGUGCCUGCGGGUGCUGGGGGGGUCGGGGACCCUCUGGAUGCUGGAGCUGGAGCCGGGGUACCCGCAGCGGGGGGGCGUCCGCGUGCUGCCCCCCCUCGGGGUGGCCCCCCCGAGCCCUCCCCCCUCAGCCUGCCCCACAUUGACUCAGUGGCUGGAGCUGCUGGUGAGGCCCCCCCAGAACCCCCCCAAGUAACACUCCCCCCCCAAAACCCCCCCAAAUAAACCUGUUCCCCCCCACUUCGACCCCCCAUCCCUCACAUAACCCCCCCAAGUGUGUCCCUGUCCCCCCAAAAGGGGUCUCAAGCAGUGGCCGGACCCCCAAGUGUGUGUGUGUCCCCCACAUAAAGGGGUCCCGGAUGCAC